AUGCCGGAUCCGCCCGGCGCCGAUGCGCCCCCGCCCGAGGACCUAUUGGGUGGUAAUGGCGCGAGUGAUUCAUCACUCAACACGCAAACGCGUGAAGCGGUCACUGGAGGAACCGCGAAUCCUCCAGCUUGGUCGCCCGAGGCAACUCAGGUCCGGUUGGACCAUGAGAAGCUGAUGAAGAAGACCUUCCAAGUGCUCGGGAUUGUUCCCUCCAGCAAGUCGACCCGCCGACUGAUGGUCCUGAUGCACGACGCCUCGACCCCGCCUUCGCAGGCGCCAGCGCUCGCACGAGCCGCCCAAAGAGCGGUGCGAAACGACGCAGCCCCGGCCUCCAAUGUGAUUCGAGUCAUUAUGGAUGGUCCUGGAUCACCCAGAGGUCCUGUACAGACCGCGCUGCGCAAGCACUUUGGAUUGGCCGAGACGCCGUUCAUGUUCGCGCGGCCCGAGGGCGUCGUGCUUGACCCCGAGGUCGAGAAGCUUUUCUCGAAAUGCGUGAAGCUGAACCCGAUUGUGACGAAAGCCACGAAGAGGUUCCCGAUCGCUCGUCACAUGUACGAGCUUGUAUUCGAAUCCGAGCAAGCUUGUCUUGAAGCCGCUUCAGCGGGCCCAUUCCCCUACCACGGCAAGGAGAUGGUUACCGAGCUCCCCAGCGCCUCUCCCCUUAACCACGUCGUGCAGGUGCGAUUCACCUUGCCCUCCUCCUCCAGCGCGAUCCCCGCUUCCGUGCUCCGAAAAUCUCUCGAUGAUGCUAUCACCCUUUCGUUCGGCCGCGCAGGUCGCACGCAAGGUUAUACCCUGAUGCAAUUACAGCGGGGCCUCGCGGUCGAUCCGAAUGGCGAUCCGAUGGCCAUGACCGAAGACGGGUUCCACUGCGCGUACCUUCGCUUACAUGCUGAUCUUUUCCAAGGCUCCAUCGAGACGCAGAAGGCCGCGCUCAACGCCGCUUUGCCACAAGAGAUCGAGAUCCUGGGCGCCAAGUACGGCUUGCGACACGAAUUCGAGACGCACUACUGCGCGGUGUGCGAUCGCGCCGGACACCAGUGGGGCGCUUGCAGGAAGCCGGUUUCGACUCCGGCCACCGCCGCUCCUGUUCCGGGGGCCUCGACCUCGACUUCGACUUCGACCACCGGCUUCCGAGUUGCUGGAAAGAAUGGGAAGCACGGUGGGCCUGCCGCAUUGAACUCUCGUGUCUCUGGCGCGAACAUGAUCCAGCUGGGACCUCGUGCUAACCCCGCAGGUGCAGUAACCGCCAACAAGGACGACGCGAACGACGGCGACGACGAGUCGGUCGUUUCGACCGAACCGGAGGGCGGCGACACUGGGGAAGAGACGUCGACGCGUGCGACCCUGGGCUCAACAAAGGAGACGCAGACGACGACGGCGGCGCCCGUUUCGACCCCGACCUCUCCUUCGCCUUUGUCCGGUGGCACGUCGGGAUCAUCGGCAACCUCGACAACCUCGAUAGCCUCGACGAGUCCUCGACGCCUUCGUUCGAGCUCGGCACCCGGCAACCGACGUGUCACCCGGGCGGGAUCCGCCAUGAUCCUCGGUGCAUCAGGGGGUGAUGGCUCAGGGGGCAACAGUUCAGGGGGUCACAGGUCCGAGGUGACCGAAUUCGAGGGGGGCGGCGCUGAACUGAUUUAAUCAUGAUUGAGUCACUCACCGUGUUGACGUUCAACGUCCGAUCGAUGAAGAACGCAGUCAACCAAGUCAAAAUCAUCCGUUAUCUCAAAACCCUUCGGCCGGCCCCUGCGGCCAUCCUCCUGCAAGAGCACCACCUCAGCUACAACGCGUCGCGCGAAGGCUUCGAGAGUGCUUGGCCGGGGGCUUGUAUUCGUUUCACUCCUCAUGUCCUUACCCUCAUACCCGAUGGCUCACCUUUGGCGGGCCAUCUCCUUUCCUCUACCCCGGUCGUCUUUGCAGGAGCUCCUCGUUUCGACGGUCGGAUUCUGCGCUCGGUGUUUCGUCUUGAGGAGCUCGAUGUCGAGAUCAUCAACAUGUACGCGCCGGUGCAGGAGGACGAUCGUCGCGACUUUUUCGGGCUUCUGCACUUCAACGCCCCGAGACCCAAGACUCUUCGGAUCUUGGCCGGCGAUCUCAACGAUUGUCCGGAUGUAUCGGUCGACCGAGUGUCCAUCACCGAUCGCGCUUGGACUCCUGUAUCGCACUGGCAGACCUUGCUGUCAAAGAUCGCGUUCAAGGCACUCGACACGGUCCGACAUGUCCAUUCUUGCACCCCUGCAUUCACUCGUCCUCACUACCGUGGUAGAGGGGAAGAGCGAAAGAUUUGCUCGUGGUCGCGGAUCGACUAUAUUCUUGUCCAAUGCAGUUGGGCGAACCGGUUGUUGAGCGCUUCUACGCUCUUCGAUGCGCCCUGUUCGGACCACAGACCUGUAGUUGCGACUUUUGCUUUGCCUACAUCGAACGCUGAUGCCGAACCCCCCCUUUCUCUUCCCUCCACGAGCGAUUUCAUUUCGAGGCUCAACCCAAUGGUCUUUGACGAUCAAGACUUUGUCGCAUCGAUUCCCGGGGUCGUCGACGAGGUCUAUCGAAGGCUCGAGGGGACCGCUCCGCUCGGCGACGUCUAUGACGCCGCUCUGCGGGCGGUUGCAGUCGCUGGCCAUGCACGAUACCGCUCGACUCGUGCCGACAUGCGCCGACUGCGGGCCGAGAGCCAAUCCGUCAUGGAGGCUUUGGAGGCACGCGGUGAGCACAUGAAUGAGGCCGAGCGCGAUGCGUAUGCUCUUGCCAAGUCGCGGUUGGACCAGUUGGCGGUAAAGGAGGCUCAGUGGCUGCGCAUUCGUGCGCAUGUGCCGUCAGUCGACUCGAGGGAAGGUCAAUCGGCAAGCAUUCGCACGCGCCUCAACCGCCGGAGUCGCCAGACGAGCAUCGUCUCGCUGGAGGAUGUGGAUGGCACCGAGACCGUUGACAUGCAGGAGGCGCUGGGUAUUGCUUCACGGCACGCGCAGUCGCUCUUCACGCCGGACCCAGCUCGUGGCGACCCGACGAACGCACGCCGGUCCCUGCUCGACCCUAUUCGCGCAGCGAAAUGCUACGAUGACGACCGCUCGGACCCUACGUUCGGUCGUCGGCUGCCUCGUCAAGCGAGAGUGGCGCUUGACGAGCCCUUCACCCUCCUCGAGGUUGAAGCGGCGUUGAAGAAGACGGAUUCGGGGCGAUCACCGGGGCCCUCGGGCAUUCCGUACGAGCUCUUCAAGGCGCUGCCAACCUACUUUGCUCCCAAGCUGUUGGACUUGUUCAACUCGAUUUGGGAGGGCGGCAAAAUGACGGCGUCCUUGGCAGAGGGGCUGGUGCGGCUCUUGCCCAAGAAUAAACCGGGGGCCAAUCUGAAAUCACUGGGGGCAUACCGACCGAUCACAUUGCGCGAGACGACCUACAAGGUCCUCAGCAAGGUCUUGGUGGCGCGACUCAAUGGGGUGCUCGGCGAGCUUUUACCGCCGGCGCAACACGGUUUCAUGCCAUCAAGACGUUCAGCGGACGCGGGAAGUCAUCUCACUCUCCUUCUCGAAAAACUCAAGUCGCUAGGCACUGAUGUUUUCCCCGAGGGCGCCCUCUUGUCUUUGGAUCAGCAGAGCGCGUACGAUCGGGUCGAUCACGCCUGGAUCUUCGAGGUCUUUGAGGCCUUUGGGUUCGGUGAGCGUUUCAUCUCGCUGCUGCGCGCUCUCUACGAUCCCGAGACUCUGGGGGUGCGCUACCUUGUCAAUGGGUUCCCCACGGACUUGGUGCGGUUGCUGUGUGGUCUCGGUCAGGGGGAUCCCCUCUCGUGCCCGGUUUGGAACAUCACGUUCCAGCCCUUCCUCGACGCCCUCGUUCGGCGCGGGAUCGCGCUCGACCUGCAGAAGGUGUGGCCAGGGGGGCCGCGUGCGCAGCUUACGCAUCUGGCGUUUGCCGACGAUGCUGUAGUGGUGGUGGAGUCACCGGCGGCAUUGUCGAAGCUGCAAACGCUGUCGCAGACGUGGUACGAGGCUACCAACGGGAAGACCAACACGGACAAGACGCUGGUGCUACCACUCGGACCGAACUGGCUUCGGGACGAGACUGCGCAGGCGCUGCCAACGGUGCAGGAGGGGGAGAGCUUCAAGUGGUGCGGCUAUGCCUUCUUUCGCCACAGUGACUCGAAACUGUUUUGGACCCAUGUUCUUGACAGGAUCAAGGCCAAGGCCCGCGCCGCUCGAGACCGGACACUUUCGCCGAGUGGGAAGGUUUUCUAUGCCAACGCUCACAUCAUCUCGACGGUCCUCCACGUGCUGUCCUUCGACAUACCGCCUCAAUGGUUCAUUAAGGCGGCGGAGACGGCACUUACGGACUUUGUCUGGGGAGGAGCAGGGCGAAAUACCGUCGCUCGCGAUUUCGUGUUCCAGGCUCGGGAGGACGGUGGCUUGGGUUUGAUUUCGAUUGGCGACAUCGUUCAUUCGGUGGCGCUUCGAUUUUGGGAUGCUGUGGCGGGCUCGGACGAGGCGAUCUGGGCGCCCCUAGCUCGCGAGAGCUGGAGGUGCCUCGUCGCUGCGACCCGCGAUUUCAGUCCGUGGGGGUUCUUCAGCAGCACGGCUCGGGUCGAGAAGCUGUAUCGCGACUCGACACGCUGGGGGGCAGUCGUUGCAGCGGCCAGGGUCACAGUUCCAACCAUCAAGUCCGAACUCCUUACGCUUCCCGAAUUGCUCUCGCUUCCGCCUCGCCUCCCUUCACUCUAUGCUGAAGGUGCCCAGCACGCAUAUGACGAUGCGGACGCGGUGGCGAAGUUUGCGCAGAUCGCGGACCUGUACUGGAGGGACGAAGGGAAGGGAUGGGCUCUGGUUGGUCAUCGACGCGGGUUCUGGCAGCACUCUAAGGAACCCGCCCUACAGCACGAGCACGUGUGGUCGCGCGUGGGUCAGUUGCUCAAGGCGAAAGCGUUGCUGCCCAAGACCGCGUUGCGACCUGCUCGGAUACCUCUCAAGGAGGCUCCCCGUCCUCGGUGCUUCAACUUCUUUGGGCUCUCCCGACCUUUUACGAUUCGCAAGCUUCGUCGGCUUGUGAACAAGGUGCGGUUCCCAGGGAGGGAGGACCGUGUCAAGCGUCUCCCUGAUGGGACUUCUCAGAGCGAUAGGAAGCGCUUCUGGAGAUGGCUUCAUGACCGGUUCGCGUCUGCUGUCGAGCAGGACACCCACUGGCGGCUCAUGUACGACGUGACGCCGACGCGCAAGAGGCAGCAUACUCAGGGUCAUGCCUCUUCGCCGACGUGUCUGUUCUGUGGCAACGAUGCAGCGGUCAUCGAGACGGUGUCCCACUACUUUUUCGAGUGCGCGUACUCGACCAGCUUCUGGGGUGGGGUGCUACGCAUUCUGCUUGACAAGCUCGGCAUCGAGGAUACCGACGUCGAUCCGUCGACGUUCACUCCGGAGCAGCUGACUAUGGGGCUCCCCCUUUUGCGGGGUCGUGGGAGAACGACCUCGAAAUGGAUGUGGGUUCGGCUGGCCUGCGCGAUCGGCUUCCAGCGGCUGCACCUGCUCCGCUGGCGCGUUCAUCAGCGGUUCGAGCUGGACAAAGUCAUGGCCUCUCCCUCGCUUCCCAGUGCGCUCAGAGCGUUCGAGCGAGAUUUUCUCUCUCGAGCGGGCUUUGUGCCUGGGGCUCGAGAUUGGGAGGUGUGAUGACCGAGUUAAGUCCUUCCUUCCCAUUUUCCUCCCCUGCUCUCUCUCCCCUCCUUUCCUCCCUUCCUUUUCGGAGGUCGACUUUUCUUUCAGAAGCUGACUGUCUUGAAACUUGUUGCGCAGUGGAAGGCUGCGCACCUCUCCCUCUCUCUACUUUGUGCAGUAGCGGUUUUCGUUCUUGGAUGGAUCGGCAAGCCGGGUCGAUCGUCGUUGCGUUGGAGGCUUUGUGAAGUUCUCCCCUCUCUUUCCCCUUUCUCCCUUCUCUUCCUCUUCUCGUUCCUGUUGCUCGGUUGUUGACUACGCUUCAGCCACUUCUCCUUUUAUUCCUAAGCCGUGUGUUGGAUUCCGUCGAAUAGAUCGUUCGUUCGCGUUGGUCAAGAUCUACGGCAUGGAUCGGGAAGAAAGGUCGCUCGUUUUUUUGGUCAAUAUCCUCGCGUCAAGGCGAGGCUCGUUUCGUUGUAUUGGAUCGUUUUCGCUCGGCCCUGACGGCUCAACAGCCAGCACUCGAGACUCAGCCAAGGGAGGACAUCAGGCGCUGUCGGGGUGACGAGUAGCUGGGGCUUGGCUGCGGCCUGUCAGUCCCUGGGGACCUCUAGCUCUGGCUUCGACCCCCUCCCUUGGCCCCUCGGGUGUGUUCCCCUCCUCCUCCCCUCCUCUCUGUCUUAGUAUUCCUCGUUCUCCGUGUUUCCAGUCGUGAAUUUUUGUUUAUUCUCCCCUUUUCUUUCUCUAGGCGCUCUUGCCUGGUUUUCGAGUAUCUUCGCUCCCGCUCUUGGGACGUGAAGCGGCAGCAGUACUCACCGCCCGUUGGAGUCCGCGUUAGGUGCUCGGCGGGUUUUGAUCUGCGCAGCGCUCUUUGCGCGCAGGGGUUUGACUUUCACCCAAUUGCUUGCCGUCGUUGCUUUAUAACCUCUUUUAGCUCUUUUUCUAGCGGUCCCAGCCAACCCGAAGGAUUGCAAUUUAUGAGCCCCAGUAAAAUAAAAAAAACGGACCGAACUGGCUUCGGGACGAGACUGCGCAGGCGCUGCCAACGGUGCAGGAGGGGGAGAGCUUCAAGUGGUGCGGUUAUGCCUUCUUUCGCCACGGUGACUCGAAACUGUUUUGGACCCAUGUUCUUGACAGGAUCAAGGCCAAGACCCGCGCCGCUCGAGACCGGACACUUUCGCCGAGUGGGAAGGUUUUCUAUGCCAACGCUCACAUCAUCUCGACGGUCCUCCACGUGCUGUCCUUCGACAUACCGCCUCAAUGGUUCAUUAAGGCGGCGGAGACGGCACUUACGGACUUUGUCUGGGGAGGAGCAGGGCGAAAUACCGUCGCUCGCGAUUUCGUGUUCCAGGCUCGGGAGGACGGUGGCUUGGGUUUGAUUUCGAUUGGCGACAUCGUUCAUUCGGUGGCGCUUCGAUUUUGGGAUGCUGUGGCGGGCUCGGACGAGGCGAUCUGGGCGCCCCUAGCUCGCGAGAGCUGGAGGUGCCUCGUCGCUGCGACCCGCGAUUUCAGUCCGUGGGGGUUCUUCAGCAGCACGGCUCGGGUCGAGAAGCUGUAUCGCGACUCGACGCGCUGGGGGGCAGUCGUUGCAGCGGCCAGGGUCACAGUUCCAACCAUCAAGUCCGAACUCCUUACGCUUCCCGAAUUGCUCUCGCUUCCGCCUCGCCUCCCUUCACUCUAUGCUGAAGGUGCCCAGCACGCAUAUGACGAUGCGGACGCGGUGGCGAAGUUUGCGCAGAUCGCGGACCUGUACUGGAGGGACGAAGGGAAGGGAUGGGCUCUGGUUGGUCAUCGACGCGGGUUCUGGCAGCACUCUAAGGAACCCGCCCUACAGCACGAGCACGUGUGGUCGCGCGUGGGUCAGUUGCUCAAGGCGAAAGCGUUGCUGCCCAAGACCGCGUUGCGACCUGCUCGGAUACCUCUCAAGGAGGCUCCCCGUCCUCGGUGCUUCAACUUCUUUGGGCUCUCCCGACCUUUUACGAUUCGCAAGCUUCGUCGGCUUGUGAACAAGGUGCGGUUCCCAGGGAGGGAGGACCGUGUCAAGCGUUUCCCUGAUGGGACUUCUCAGAGCGAUAGGAAGCGCUUCUGGAGAUGGCUUCGUGACCGGUUCGCGUCUGCUGUCGAGCAGGACACCCACUGGCGGCUCAUGUACGACGUGACGCCGACGCGCAAGAGGCAGCAUACUCAGGGUCAUGCCUCUUCGCCGACGUGUCUGUUCUGUGGCAACGAUGCAGCGGUCAUCGAGACGGUGUCCCACUACUUUUUCGAGUGCGCGUACUCGACCAGCUUCUGGGGUGGGGUGCUACGCAUUCUGCUUGACAAGCUCGGCAUCGAGGAUACCGACGUCGAUCCGUCGACGUUCACUCCGGAGCAGCUGACUAUGGGGCUCCCCCUUUUGCGGGGUCGUGGGAGAACGACCUCGAAAUGGAUGUGGGUUCGGCUGGCCUGCGCGAUCGGUUUCCAGCGGCUGCACCUGCUCCGCUGGCGCGUUCAUCAGCGGUUCGAGCUGGACAACGUCGUGGCUUCUCCCUCGCUUCCCAGUGCACUCAGAGCGUUCGAGCGAGAUUUUCUCUCUCGAGCGGGCUUUGUGCCUGGGGCUCGAGAUUGGGAGGUGUGAUGACCGAGUUAAGUCCUUCCUUCCCAUUUUCCUCCCCUGCUCUCUCUCCCCUCCUUUCCUCCCUUCCUUUUCGGAGGUCGACUUUUCUUUCAGAAGCUGACUGUCUUGAAACUUGUUGCGCAGUGGAAGGCUGCGCACCUCUCCCUCUCUCUACUUUGUGCAGUAGCGGUUUUCGUUCUUGGAUGGAUCGGCAAGCCGGGUCGAUCGUCGUUGCGUUGGAGGCUUUGUGAAGUUCUCCCCUCUCUUUCCCCCCCUUUCUCCCUUCUCUUCCUCAUCUCGUUCCUGUUGCUCGGUUGUUGACUACGCUUCAGCCACUUCUCCUUUUAUUCCUAAGCCGUGUGUUGGAUUCCGUCGAAUAGAUCGUUCGUUCGCGUUGGUCAAGAUCUACGGCAUGGAUCGGGAAGAAAGGUCGCUCGUUUUUUUGGUCAAUAUCCUCGCGUCAAGGCGAGGCUCGUUUCGUUGUAUUGGAUCGUUUUCGCUCGGCCCCGACGGCUCAACAGCCAGCACUCGAGACUCAGCCAAGGGAGGACAUCAGGCGCUGUCGGGGUGACGAGUAGCUGGGGCUUGGCUGCGGCCUGUCAGUCCCUGGGGACCUCUAGCUCUGGCUUCGACCCCCUCCCUUGGCCCCUCGGGUGUGUUCCCCUCCUCCUCCCCUCCUCUCUGUCUUAGUAUUCCUGGUUCUCCGUGUUUCCAGUCGUGAAUUUUUGUAUAUUCUCCCCUUUUCUUUCUCUAGGCGCUCUUGCCUGGUUUUCGAGUAUCUUCGCUCCCGCUCUUGGGACGUGAAGCGGCAGCAGUACUCACCGCCCAUUGGAGUCCGAGUUAGGUCCUCGGCGGGUUUUGAUCUGCGCGGCGCCCUUUGCGCGCAGGGAUUGAUUUCACCCAUCUGCUUGUCGUCACUGCUUAGAACCUCUUGGCUCUUUUUCUAACGACUCCAGCCAAACCGAAGGAUUGAACCAAAAAAAAAAAAAAAAAAAAAGGCUCGAGUGAAUCGGCCUUCCGUUCGACAGCCUUGGACCCUGCGGCGACAACGAACUCGGCUACGCGAAUCUCGUCGAGCGGCUCGAAACGAAGCUGGAAGCGGUUCGGCACCGAUGGCUCACACCAAACCCGUGCCUUUGACGUCAAUCGGUAUGCCAUUCCCUAGCUCUUGCACUUUCUUGCAGCCGACAUCCCACGGCCCCACGUGAUCGCGACGCUCGACCGCAUGCUCGCCGACUUCGUCCACGGAGGCAAGCACCGGCACGACUACGGGGAUGAAGUCGUCUUAUCACGAAAGCACAAGGGUUGUUUUGGGGUGAUGUGGAUGGAGGACGUUCUGGACUCGGUCGCGGCCCGGAUCUGGGACGUUUCUUCUCGGUGGAUUCGACGCGAUCUGGCAGGGACUAGCUCGCUUAUCGCUCCAACGUGCACGCCCCGACUUCGACUUGGCCACCGAAUCCCUGGCCAGACUCGAACACCCCCGUUCCCUCCCGUCCCCGACGAUCCAUAUCCUCGUUGGCCAGCCGCGCUCCGGGUACCGAGGGCUUGCAACGCGCAGGUCAACCCGAGAACACUGACCACCGCUAACCUGCUCGCACUCCCGACCAAGCUCCAGAGCCUGAACUCAAUUCAACAACAAGGUCGUACCUUAGUCGAGACGAAGUGCGUGACUGCCGUCUCUUCGAGAUCUACCCCAAGAUGGCGGACCUGUACCUUCGCGAGCUUUACGCGGGCGAGGGCUUCUAUCUCUGGACGCCGCCAGCGGAAGUCACCAGUAACACAGUUUCUACGAUCGACGCGAGCGCCCACAGCGAGAGGCAAUAUUGGAUUGGCACCAAUUCGUGA